AUGACUUCUACUUUCCGACGAUUUUUCACGGGUAGUACUGAUUCCAAUGCGGCGCCUGCAAAUGGAAAUGGUGUCAAAUCAACAGAAGACGAUAGUAAUGGUGCAAUCCCAUCCACGGAAGCCACUAGGUUACUUGGACAAAUAAACAAUGGUCAAGAUGUGGAAGAUCCUGGCAUUGAUUUGCUUCAUCCAGUUCCAGAGAAAUCACCCUCCGUCAAGGAAUUGUACUUCAAUGAGAGCAACCCAACUGUUCAGAGGUACUAUCGAUUUGCGGCGACACCCAUUACUCCCAUUGUGGCCUUGCAUAAAAAGCCAGGUACCGGUGGAUCUGCCAUUAUUCAAUCGGGUGUCACUGGUUUGCUACGGCGGAGUACCGUGGUCCCAUCGCAUGGAACGGACGAGUCUGGAGACUGGAUUUUGGUAAGCGUCGGAGGUCGGAGUGGAUGGGCCCGCAAAAAGUUGCCCCAUCAACACUUUUCAGGAUUUACGCUAGCCGACAAAUUCCAAGCAACGGAAGCUUGGAUGGGGAAUCAUGCCUUCUUGUGCAAGGGCAAGGUCAUGUUGGGAAGUGAUUCACCAAGUCUUUUCUUUACCAACUUUUUGUUGCUGGUAGGAUAUGCCUUGCAGUUUGCCCUGGUCAUUCCCACUUUGUUGAAGAUUCAAGAGGAAGACCCCAACCCAAUUUACCACUACAUUAGCGUGGAUAUAGUAUUCUGGGCUAGUGUAGCCGUGGCAAUCCUUGCCUUUGUCUUCUUGUGGGUCACUGCUGUAAUGGAUCCUGGAAUUAUUCCACCUGUGUCCAGUCCUGUGAAGGCACCCAUUCCACAUCACUUACCAAUUGGAGGACCUCUGGGAUAUCGAUAUUGCUCAACUUGUAACAUCUUUCGACCGCCGCGAAGUAAACAUUGCAACUCAUGUAAUGUUUGCGUUUCUGAAUUUGAUCAUCACUGCCCAUGGGUCGGGACGUGCAUUGGUGAACGAAAUUACAGAUUCUUUUUCAUGUUUCUGGUGAAUAUUUCAAUCAUGACCAUCUUGACGACUCUUUGUUCCAUGCUUAUCUUCCUUCAUACCUACCUGGGUGUUGAAAUCGACGAAGACACAACACUACUUGGACACAUAUGGAAGGCAAUAUCGGAAAUCAAGAUCAUUUUUGUCUUUGGAUCCUUCACACUACUCUGUGCUUGGUCGUUGGUCUCACUACUACUCUUUCAUGGAAUGAUCAUUUCCGCCGCACAAACCACGAAUGAACGAGUGAGAGGAGUGUACAGUGCUGGAUCCCUGGACAACCUUGCGGAUAAGGGAUGCUGGCGCAACUGGUUUCGAGCCUUUUGCAAACCAGUUGCAGUAACUAGGCUGCCGAAAGAUAUGUCCGAUACGGCGGAGUGUGCAUACAGUGAAGAGGAAACAGUGUGGGACGAAGAUGCACAUGCAGCAGUCGAAGAUCCAACUGCACCAACGAUAAACACCAGCAAGAACAAAAAUGGCGCGGAUGCACAAGAGGCGUGA